AUGAAGUUUUUCUCUAUCGCUGCUACUCUUGCCCUUUUAAGUUCGGGGGUUUCUGCCUUUCCUACACUGAUCUCAAAGAGAGACGGUUCUGAAAGUACUCCAACUAACAAAACCAUUUUGCUCACCAAUGAUGAUGGCUGGGCAUCUACCAACAUUCGUGCCACUUAUAGAGAGUUGAAGUCUGCUGGCUAUGAUGUUCUAUUGGUUGCACCUGCCUCCCAGAAAUCCGGAUUUGGUGGUCUGUUUGACCUCCCUACCAGUGUCAACUUGACAGAAGAAGGUGAGUUUGGCUAUCCCGCCAAAGGGUCUCCAUCCUGGGGUCAUGAAGAAGAUGACAUCAAUGUAUGGUACUUCGAUGGUACGCCUGCUUCGUGCGUUUCAUUUGGAAUGGACUAUCUUAUUCCAAAGCAUUUCCACAAUAAAUCUGUUGACUUGGUCAUUGCUGGUCCAAAUGAAGGCACUAACAUCUCUCCAGGUAUGUUCACUUUGUCAGGAACUAUUGGUGCUACCUAUUCUGCGGUAGGAAGAGGGUUACCUGCCAUUGCUUUCUCAGGAAGGUUGGAGAAUAAUUCUUUCUACCAAGAUGAUAUUGAAAAGGAAGACGACGACUCGUUUUACGCGAACGUUUAUGCUCGAAAGGUAGUUGAAAUUGUUAACACUUUGUUUACUUCACAAAACAACUACCCCUACUUGUUACCUUAUACUACAGGUCUCAAUGUGAACUUGCCUCUGAUUAAUGAAGACUGUAUGGACCCAGAGUGGGCCCUCACUCGUUUGUCGGGACAACAAUCUGUGUCAGCAGGUAUAUCUUAUAACGAAACCCUGGGAUUGUUUGAUUGGCUUGAUGUCCACUACGAUCCAACGACGAAGUGCAUUUUUGGCGAUUGCGACCUUCCUUCUGAGUCAACCAUUUACUACAAGGAGCUGUGUCAGAUAUCUGUCUCUGUAUUCUCCAUUGACUAUGACGCUUCGUAUCAACAGUAUAGAACAGCUGAGAAGGUGUUAACAUCCCUCUUUGACUAG